AUGAAGAAGAAACCGUAUCCUUUCUGGCUAGGAGGUGUGGCUGCCACUAUCGCGGCAUCAAUCACCCAUCCCCUUGACUUGACGAAAGUUCGCCUGCAAGCUUCGGGGGACAAACGGAUGGUUCAGAGCAUCAAGAAGACGGUCCGAACAGCUGGUGUUCGCGGUCUUUUUGAUGGCAUCUCCGGAACAUGGUUGCGUCAGAUGUCCUACUCCAUGUGCCGUUUCUGGGCAUACGACGAGAGUAAGAAACUGUUAGGCGCAGGCAAGGAUGCCCCUGCAUGGAAGCUUGCGUUGGCAGGCAGCAUGGCUGGUGGUAUUGCUGGCUUCGUCGGAAACCCUGGCGAGAUCGUCAUGGUCAGGCUUCAGGGCGACUUUGCGAAGCCACCAGAGAAACGAUUCAACUACAAGCACUGUUUUGACGCUUUGUUCCGCAUGGUUAGGGAAGAGGGUGUCUCGUCACUUGCACGCGGCGUUGGGCCCAACGUCUUCCGUGCUGUGUUGAUGAAUGCGUCACAACUGGCCUCGUAUGAUUUCUUCAAAGCCGAAUUGCUCAAGACGGGCCACUUUGAGGACAAUAUCGCCUGCCACUUCACGGCCAGUUUCGCAGCAGGAACGGUCGCAACUACUGUCUGCUCCCCAGCGGACGUGUUGAAGAGUCGUAUCAUGAAUGCUUCUGGUCCUGGUUCAAACUCCACGCUCGCUGUCAUCCGCUCUUCCAUGCAAUCUGAGGGAGCUAUGUUCAUGUUCAAGGGCUGGGUUCCUGCUUGGACUCGUCUCCAACCCACCACGAUCUUGAUUUUCUUGACCCUUGAACAAUUGAAGAAUGGCGUUGACUGGAGCAGGAAGAAGGGCUGGGAUAUUUUGUAA